CAGAAAUUAUGUUACCAAUAUUUUUUUAUUAUAUUUUUUUAGUUCACUUUUUAGCUUUCUUAGCUUCUCCCAAUGUCCUUGGGUCUUUCUUAGCGUGUCCUUUGGUCUCCUGUCUUUUUUUUUAUUUACUAUCAGUCUGUAUUUUUUUUUACGUAAAUAAUAUUACUUAUCAUUUAGCAAAUUUAUUCUUAUACAAAAAGAAUUUUCAGUAAAAUACAAAAA